UACAUUUACAAGGUUCUCAAACAAGUUCAUCCCGACACUGGUAUCUCCAACAAGGCCAUGUUGAUUCUCAACUCGUUUGUCAACGAUAUCUUCGAACGUAUUGCUGGUGAGGCUUCCAAACUUGCACAGUACAACAAGAAAUCGACAAUCUCAUCUCGAGAGAUCCAAACCGCUGUUCGACUCAUUCUCCCUGGUGAACUCUCAAAACACGCCAUCUCUGAAGGAACCAAGGGUGUCACGAAAUACUCUUCGAGCAAAUGA